CUUCCCCUGCCGGUCCCCAGGCCUGCUCUAUCAGGCGACCUUGGGGACGGACUCAGGGCUGCAUUUCCAAUGCUCUGCAGACACACCUCGGGCUUGAAUCCCAGGGUCUCACUGAUUGCACAAAUAUUGAUUGAGGGCCUCCUGGGUGCCAGAGAUGUGUGGCUGUCAGGGAGGCAAGGUCCCUGUUCCAGUAGGGGUGACAGGUGUAAAACAGGAUGACUUCAGAACCUGAGAAUGGGGACAAAGCAGAGUACUGGGAAGUGGGUGCGGGGCAGCCUGGGACCGGUUAAACAGCAAAUGUUUGCCAUCUGUUCCUGGCCAGAUUUCACUGGGGAGGCUACUUGAUCUCUCUUCAGCCUCAGUUUCCUCACCUGGACAGUGGAGCUGAACCCACCCCCCACUAUCUGACCCUGUUCUCUGGGCUGUCUUUCGGGAACCCGCCCUGCUUAGGCCUGCUCCCCACCCUCCAUGGCUGUCAGCCCCCCAGGAGAAGAAUGUCUGCCAUAUGGAGGCUGCUGGCAGCAAAGCGAGAUGAACAAGCCAAGGUUGCCCGGCCUGCAUGCCGGCCCAGGGCUGCUGCUGUGUCUUGCCAUCAACCCUCCCCUGACACCCAGCAUGCCUGCCUCACCCAGAAGCACUCCUACGUCAGGCCUCUGAGGGGGAGCGCUUCAUGCCACUGUUAUCAAAAGGGGAAACCAUCGAAGCAAAAAGGCCAAUGCUACACUAGACAGCCAGGAGCCCAGCAGAACAAGUGGCCCCCUAAGGCGCUUUGGGGACCACACCCCGCUACUGACCCCAGCACAGUCUGGUUCCCAGGGCUUCAGGAUCCUCCUGGGGACCUCUCAGCAUGAUUAACACAGGCAGACGGGACCUGAAGGGGCUGCUGGUCCUUCUGAAAAUGUUCACCAGGUAGUGUGAGUGUGGGGAAGCCAUGAACAAUGUGUGGGACUCUACCCUGCACCUGCUCAGAGCCUCAGCCCUUCAGAGCCACUAAUAAUGAUUUGCUGUGGGUGGGGUCACCCUGAUACUUCUCUGAGGUCGCUUUUUCUUGCAGUUUUUCUGAGUAACUGACAGGAAUCCUUGACUGCAUGCCACCUAAACUAGGGUGUGCACAGCCCGCAUUCUGUGCAAAGAGGGUGCAAAGCAGCAGAGUGUCUGUGACCCAUUUGCCACCUAAUGUUACUACAAGACUUGCAAGAACCGGUCAUUUAUCAGUAACCAUUUUUAUUUAAAAAGAUAAAAUAGAGCUUUGCAGGAAAGUGCUGCAGGCUCCCACGUUGCUGGGCAGACGACAACCUGGGCGUCUCGCCCGGCUCCUCCCCACAGCCAUUGGCAUCCACUGUCAGGUUUCAGUGUUCUUGGACCUCAGGGCCUUCAUCCUCUCCAAUCUAAAUGCAGGGAGACAUUUGACAUGGAUUCUCUCAGGUGUUUUGCAAAAUGCAACACAUUCUCAUUGACUCUGGUCACUCUGCUGUGCACUAGAUGUCAAAACCUCUUCCUCCUCCCUGAGACUUUGGUCCUUUAACUGACAACCACCCCCCCCUUCCCUCCCUCUGCCGCUCUCUGACCCCUGGUCACCAUCGAUCUACUUGCUACUUCUAUGGGGUCAACUUGUUUAGAUCAACACUUCUGGGACCUCACGUUGAAUUGGUCUCUCUGAGGUACUGGAGAUGCUAAGUAGUGGGAUUUCCUCAUUCCACAUUGUACCCCAUGAAUGAAUACAAGCAUGAUUUGCCAAUUGAAGCAAUACAAUACAGAAGAAAUGUAAAAUGCAGGAAUUGUGGCUUGACCACCCCAACGACUUGAUUUUUGUCUUCAGCCAUGCAACUAUGUUGGGGCGAUCUUAUUCCUCCUUUUCUUUGGUGGAGACAGGCAAAAAUAUUUUAAUAGUAUGCAAAGGCAUCUAUCUCCUGGCAACCCUGUGGCAGUCCCAGCUUCUUGCCGAGCAGGCUGACGUCACAGCCUCAGGCUUCUCAGCUUGGACGAUGCUGGCUUCCUGGGAUGGUUUUUGGUGUAUCAGGGACGUUUCUAAGACUUCACCACUGUUGCUGGUGCUCUGGGUGGAAGGGGAGACAAUAGGGUCAUGCUGGGGGCUUCACUAAAACUUCCUGGCUUCCCCGAUCUGGCUUCCUCUGUAGGCUGGCAGGUGUACUGGCAAGAAUGGCGGUCUUCUGCCCUGACAUCUGGCUUUCCUCGGGAGGCUGAAUGUUAAAAGCUGGCUCCCUAUGAGCCUGCAUCGGUGAGAGAGGGAAGGUGGAAAGUUCAGUGGAUGGGGAAGGAGAGGUGGGAACCCCGGGAGGAAGGGACAGUUUUCUGAUGGUGGAGCACUUCCUCUCGUUUUGUGUGCUCUAAAAUGAGGUAGGUGGCCAUGGGAUAGUUGAAUUUUCUUUCUACGAUUGCCACAGAGAUGUUCUUGGCCUGAAAUCCCAUGGCCACCAUGAGCUGGAUUGUUUGGGGUGGUCCAGGAGUGGCUCUUCGUAUGGUAUCAGUGGCAUCUUUUGGCUACUUUUCACCCAUGGAUUUUUCAUCAGUUACAGUGAAGGACACUUCCUGGCGUUCAGCAUUAGUAAUUUUUUAAUGAGUCAAGUUGAAGGGCAAGAAGUGGUGGGGCAUGGUAUCUUCCUGUGAGAAUUUUUUCUUGAAGUUUGGAGGCUUCCCUGAGUAAAAGGGCAAAGUCCUGGCCCUUCUACCUACUGUAUUCCUGAAAUACAGUAUGACACUGAGGCUUUGUAUGUCCCUGGCGGGUCACUGGCACGCCUGGCCCAAGGAGUGUUCUGGGGCCACAUAGGGGUACAUGCUACAAAAAGCUGUCAGCAUCUGCCCCGCUCUGAAUGUUGUACUGAAGCUGAAGUCCACAAUGUAUGUUGCCCCAUUCUUUGAAUAGGAUGUUUUGUGGCUUUAGGUCUGGAUGUGUGAUUUUUUUUUUUUUUAAAGUGGCAGUACUGCAGGGCUGACAGAAUCUGCCUGAACAUGGUCGGGGCCUCCUCUUCCUCCUCGAUGUGGCCAUGGUGGUAUAUCUGGUGGUGCAACUCUCCUCCUCUGGUUUACUCCCGCACCACCUGGAAGAGCUGAAUGAUAUUUGAGUGAUGGAAAGCCUUCAAGAUGGCAACCUGGGUCCCAGUUGGCCUAUGCUGAGCCAGUUCCCUGUCAGAUGGUGUCUAUGAACUGAUAGUUUUGUAUCUCCUUGUCAAGUGAGGUGGAGGGUGAUCCCUGCUCCAUCGUGCCUCCCAACUAUACUGACUCCACAUCCUACCUCUAAAAGCUAUGCUGUGAUGCAUAGCACUAACUGUGCUAGCUAGGCUAAGGCCACUGUCAGUGACAAUACCCCAGGCUCCAAACCCUCUGGGUCUGAGGGCCGUUCCCUUCCACGGUUACACAGAUUCCCACCCCUCCCUGCCCAUCUGCCCACCGUGCGGGGAAGGCGCCAAGGAGUAGACACAUGGACGGUCGUUCUGGUGUCUCCUGGUGGGGCCAGACUGGGCACCAUGGCUGCAAGCACAGACAGGGCAGAGAAGAGGCCGGGGCCACGUGGUGGAGCUGGGUCUAAAACAGGACUCCCAAGGGCAAAGGCCCUGCCCAGACUUGGCACCCACAGUCUUCUGCUGAAUGCUAUGAGCCCGCUUCAGUAAAAGAGGGAAGGUGGAAACUUCAAUGUAGAGACGACAAGUGGGAACCCCAGGAGGAAGGGUCUGUGGUCUGAUAGUGGACCACUUCUUCUGUUUUGUUUGUUCCAAAACAAGGUAGGUGGCCAUGGGAUAACUGAAUAAUUUUUGUUUGAUUGCCACAGAUAGGUUCUCAGCCUGGAAUCCCAUGGCCACCAAAAGCUGGGUUGUUUUGGGAUUCAGGUGGUCCAGGAUUUGUUCUUCAUGUUGUCAGAGGCAACUCCUGACCACUGUUCACCCACGGGUCCCUCAUAACUUCUUCUAGUGUGGUCUGCUCCCUGGGGUCUACUGUUAAUAGUUUUUUAAUGAGGCUUUUAAGACCUCAGGAAAAGUAGUCUGGGGAAAAAUAGCUUCCACUUUAAAUUUUUGCUGAGAGGACCCUAAUGCUGCAUGAGCAGAAGGGCAGAACCCCGGCCACCAUGUGGUAUAAAAUUACUCUGAGGCUCUGAAUAUCCACGGUGGCGCAUUGGUAGCCCUGGCCUAGGAAAAGUUCUGGGGCCAUGUAGGGGUAAGUGCCACAAAGGGCUGUCAGCUUCUGCCCAUCAUGGAAUGUGGUACCAAAGCCGAAGUCUGCGAUCUUAACAUUACCGUCCUCAUCAAGGAUGAUGUUUUCUGGGUUCAGGUCUCUGCGCAAUUUGCUAUGGCACUACUGCAUGGCCGACAGAAUCUGCCUGAACAUGGUCUAGGCCUUCUCCUCCCUCGUGAGGCCAUGGUGGUGUAUCGGUUGCGUGGGUGUCCUCCUCUUGCAUACUCCGUUACUAAAUGAAUAACUGGUGUCAGGGGUGUCAAUCAUUUGAUACAACUGUACAAUAUUGAAGUGGCAAAGUGACUUUAAAAUACUUAUCUCUCUCUGGAGAGUGAUGCCAAGGGAGCCAGCCUUGGGGAUGAUUUUGAUGGCCAUUUGGGUCCCAAUCAGCAUGUGAUCCUGGACCUCACUGAACGUGCCACGGCCAGUGGUGUCCAGGAUUUUACAGUUCUGGAGCUCCUGGUCAGGUGUGGUGGAGGCUGAUCCCUGCUGCAUGGUGCCACCUGUUUACACUGACUAUAAAACUACUCUAAGUGUAGUGACUAUGCUAACAAUAUUGACCCCACCAACUUGAUUUUUGUCUUCAGCCGUGCAACUAUGUUGGGGUCAUCUUAUUCCUCCUUUUCGGCGGUGGACA